GGAAGGGGGGGUGGAGGAAAAACGAGAUAGAGGGGGGCUAGUGGAUGUAGCUCUAGCUGUGGGCCGGGGGGUGAGCUACCUAGCCCGGGCUGCUGUGCCGAAACAUCCAUGGGUGGCUGUGUCGGGAGCCACCACGACUCCUCGGGCAGCUUAAACGAGAACUCGGACGGCACUGGAGUGGCUCUAGGGCGUAACCAGCCCCUGAAGAGAGAGCGGCCUAAAUGGAAAAGUGACUACCCGAUGACGGAAGGCCAGCUGCGCAGCAAGAGAGAUGAGUUCUGGGAUACGGCGCCAGCAUUCGAGGGCCGGAAGGAGAUCUGGGAUGCGUUGCGGGCUGCGGCCAGCGCCUUUGAGAGCAAUGACCACCCGCUGGCUCAGGCCAUCCUUGAUGGCGCCAGCAUCACACUGCCACAUGGAGUUCUGACUGAAUGUUAUGAUGAACUCGGGAAUCGAUACCAGCUGCCCGUCUACUGCCUCUCUCCUCCUGUCAACAUGAUUGAAGAGCGCUCUGAAGAACUUGAUGGUUCAGAUCCAGACUCCGGGGCUGCGGACCCAUCUACGGGUAGCGCCAGCGACCCCGCCUCAGGAGGGGAGUGCCAGCUUCGACUCCGGCUCUCCACAGGUCGGGACCUCCGGCUGGUGGUCCGUUCCACGGACACAGUGGGCAUGAUGAAGCGCCGCCUACAAAAUCACGAGGGCGUGCCUGCCGCAACCCAACGCUGGUUUUUCUCAGGUCGGCCACUGACAGACAGGCUGCGCUUGGACCAACUCAACAUCUCCAGGGACUAUGUAGUGCAGGUCAUUCUCAGCCAGCCACCGCAACCAGAGCCACCAAGUCCAGGGCACACACCAGAGGCAGUGGAAGGAGUGGCUUCAGUGCCGCAAGAGCCCACACCGGUGGAGAAUUAACGGUGGUAGUAUAAAUGAAGGAGGAUAACAAGGGAGAAAAAAAUGAAAGUUGACUUUUCUCUUUUGAUUUGCACUCUUCUCUUUGUUUUUUUUGUUUUUUUUUUUAGCUGAGAAGGGCUUUGUUUGGGCAGGAGUGAGCUGUCUGCCAGAGCAAAAGGACUCUUAUUAAGAAAAGACUUGGUUUUACACGUUGAAAUUUUGACCUUUUUGGAAGUCUUUUUAACUGUUCAUAAGGAAACCAAACAUCGAAAAGAGAACUUUGUCAGAUGGCUCAAAGGUUUUUCUUAGCAACACUGAUGUUCGAAUGUUUCUGUGUUUCAGUUUCAAUUCAAGUUCUGCUCUCUGGCAAAAGUUUGGUGAGGCUACAGGGUUACUUGUGCGCUUUGAUUACAUUCAUUUUCAAGAUAGGCAGUUUAGAAAGAAAAAAACACAUAUAGUUUAACAAUCAUGAUAGUUAUUCAGGCAGUUAUUCUUAAUUAUAUAUGAAUCAAAUCGAAAAUACCUCCUCACUUGGGGAUUAAGUCAUUAUGCUAAAAACUGUAAAGAAAUGAAGGUAUUGCGAGUUGGUAAAUAUAUGUGUCCUUGCAGUCAGGGGGCAUGACAGAUGUUUUACCAAGCUGCUGCUGGAUUAGACCCUUUAUUUCACUCUGCUUCACAGAACAAUCACAGCAACCAUGUAAUAAACAUUAAGUAGUCAGACUGUGUGUGUGUGUGAGAGAGAGAGAGACAGAGCAUGUGAGUGUGAAAAAUCUUCUGUGUUGAAGACACAACCACACUUGUUCAUGUGGAUAAAGGAUGGAACAUCAGAAACACAGUUGCAUAUUUUGAUUAAAAAUAGAAUGUUUUUAAUUAAAAUUGAUCAUUGUUUCUA